CAACAUUGGAUAUCAUAGAAAGAGAUGUAGAUAAUUCUUAAAACUUACUUUCAUCGAAUUAGUACAUCUUUAAUUUGGUAAUAAACUAAAUGCAAUAUUAAAUAAGUAAUUAAAUAAAAACCAGAAGACCUAUUUAAAACAUCAACAGGAACAGGUCAAUUUUAUUGGCAAAAUCCGUAAAUGCUAGAGAGAGAAAGACGGAAUUUAGCUACUUCGUGCUGCUGUGUCGACGACUGAUUGAAGCGCCAUCUAUAUUGUCAAUGUUGUUAGGCUUACCAAAUGGAGUCUAAUGGAGUCGAUUUAAUUAAAAUCCUCUGAAAACCAAUUGAAACUAUGAAAAAUCCCAAGAAAAUGGUAAAGAACUGAGAAUAUUAUUAUCUAGUUUAUGUUGAAUAAGUGUAAAACGCAGUGGGUGCAAGUGAUAAUGUUCUAGUGCAAAUGUUUACAAUGUAGACAUGGGAGCCACCUCUGCUGUUUGUCAUGCUAUUUUACAACAUUCUCACAUAUAUAAAUAUGUGUAUUGUAAUUAAUCGAAUAAGGAAAAUAACUAUGUAGUCGUGCAGGCUGGAAAAUUCUGCUUGCACAAUAUAAGUGCGAUGUCACAGAGAGUUAAAAGGCCUAAUCGUUCUGAAGAUGGCUCUGUUCCGGUUAAAAGGCGCAAGCGGACGGCGGCCGAGGAAGAGGAAGCGGCCACCCUGGCUGCUGGAGCUUGGCAGCCAAGAUCAAAUGAUUUAAAAAGCAUAUACAAUCGGACAACCACCGAAGCUCCAGCAGAACUAUUCCGGAAGGAUCUUAUUAGUGCUAUGAAAUUGCCGGAUUCAGAACCGCUCGCCUCAGAUGAGUACUGGGUUAUUGUUGACCAGUGGAAACAGGAAUGGGAACGGGGUGUUCAAGUACCUGUCAAUCCAGACUCCUUGCCUGAGCCUAGUGUUACUGUCAAUCACUGCAACAGUGUCAAAGUUAAACAGGAUUUUAAACUGCCGAAGAACAAGUACAUUCGCAUCACGAAGGACGACAAUUUUAAGCCGGAAGAGCAUGAAUUCUCGACUGCUCCGGCGCAGGCAGAGGCGGCUUGUGCGUACGAUCUCGACGAGUGCGACGUCGCGUGGCUUAAAAUUCUGAAUUCGGAACGCGCGUCCGCAGGUCUCGGCUCCGUUUACGAUGACCAACUCGAACGAGUAAUGGAACGAUUCGAGGAGUGUUGUUGGGACAAAAUUCAAUCGAUAUUGCGCGACGAGGAAGGCCUCGGAAUCGAGUUUGACGAGAACGUAAUCUGCGAUGUGUGUCGGUCGCCCGACUCCGAAGAGGGCAACGAGAUGGUGUUUUGUGACAACUGCAAUAUUUGCGUGCACCAGGCCUGUUACGGCAUCACCCGAAUACCGGAAGGACAAUGGUUGUGUUGCACGUGUAAUCUACGCAAGCGGCCGGAGUGUGUGCUGUGUCCAAACAAGGGGGGCGCAAUGAAAUGCACCAGGUCGGGUCAGAAGUGGGCGCACGUGUCGUGCGCGCUCUGGAUUCCCGAAGUGAGCAUUGGGUGCGUGGAAAAAAUGGAACCGAUUACGAAAAUAUCUUCGAUACCAUCAAGUCGAUGGGCUCUCAUAUGCGUGCUGUGCAGAGAGCGGGUAGGAGCUUGCAUUCAGUGCUCCGUGAAAACGUGCAAGACUGCUUACCACGUGACAUGUGCGUUUAAACACGGCCUCGAAAUGAGGGCGAUCAUUGAAGAUGAGAACGCAGAUGACGGCGUCAAAUUGCGAUCGUAUUGCGAAAAACACAGCAAAUCAAGCAAAAAGGAAAAGAGUAUAUGUUCCGGUUCGGAGGAUGACGAUUGCAAAAGAAAGAAACGGAAAGACAUGACUUCGGAGGAAAAGAACCAAGCUCGCGCCGCUCGCCUCCAAGAAAUCGAAGCAGAAUUUUACAAACAUGUUAGCGUUAAGGACGUUGUCGGAAUUCAUUUGGACGUGGAUAACGAAGCACUGCAAUAUAUCUACAAUUACUGGAAACUUAAACGGAAAGCGGGCCACAAUAAGCCUCUUUUGCCUCCGAAAUCGGAGGAUGUGGAUAUGAUUUCUCAUAAGCGAGAACAAGCCGAUUUAGAGAAGAUGAAAAUGUUUGUGCAAUUAAGGCAGGACUUGGAAAGGGUGCGGAAUUUGUGUUACAUGGUAAGCCGGAGAGAAAAGCUUUCACGAACAUUCUUUCGCAUGCGCGAACAAACUUUCCACAAGCAAGCAGAGGUGCUGGAAUCCUCAAACACUUUACCAUCAACAGUUAUUCAGGCCGUUAUCGAAGCUAAUCACGGACCGUCGAUAUAUGAUCGUUUGUAUUCGCACGAUUGCGAGGACCAUACCUCCGAUUUCGACACAAUUUUGGCGCGAAUAGCCGGCAUCAAGUCCCCGACCCAUUCGGGCGACGAAAAGAAGUACGAAGUAAAUGGACUAUUUAAAGACGUUAAAAACAAUCCCUACAAAAAGAUAUACUUUAAUGGUUCUUCAAAGAGAGGAAGCGGCAGUUUGUAUGGCAGCGGCAUGUCUAGUUCCAACAGUAGCAGUGACGAGAGGAAAGAUAAGGAAAAUCGAUUGCAAAGUAGCUCCGAAGAUGAAAAACCAAGCGUGUCGGCUUCACUGCCUGUCCGCAAAAAAUCUAUAUCUCCUGCAAAGAAAUCUCCUAGCAAAACUGUCGAUAGAAAGAAAAAGCCGGUGCGUUCCAAACCUAAGGUUGAUAGUAGCAGCGGGGAUGAUGUAAAACCAACGAAAAAGGAUUGGGGACCACUUUCUAAAUCGCGACUAAGCCAAAUGGAUCGUGAGCUGGGCGAUUCAGGCACAGAAAGUGACGAUUUACUGUUCAGUUCUAAAAAGAAAAAUGAUCGCAUGAUUCCUUCUAUUUACUCGGACAGUGACUCUUCUUCAAACAAAAAUGACGAUAAAUCAUCAAACGCGACCAACGAUUCUCAAAGCAAAGUUCGAACAAAAGCUGCUGUUAAAGAUUUCACUCAUAAACCAUCAUCGUCCAAGAGUCCUAACAAAAGUAGUCCCGAAAACAAAAAGAAAUCAAAAAUAGAAGAAUCCAAAAAGAAAGACUAUGUUCCUUCAGAUCUUAUUGUUCCCCAACGGCAGGCAGCUAAGAAAGCCACUGAAAAUCUUAAAUCUACCACAGCUACCAGGGCUAAAGAAUCCGUGCCCACUCCAGAUGAGCCCAGUAAAUUUGAAGAAAAAGAAAAGGUUGAUAAAGUUAGCAAGACCAUAUCAAAGGUCAAGUCAAAACCUGAGAAGAGAGAAUCACCUGUGAAAGAACACAAAAAGGAGACAAAAUCGCAGGCCGAUAUUUUCGACAUCGAAAAGGAAAUUGAAAAAGUUGAUAGCCCUGAAAUAUUGGCGUAUGUUCCUCAAAGGCAGGCAGCAAAGAAAGCAGCAGAACACAUUAAGAGCGGUUUGGGUAGUAAACCUGCUGCAGCAGUUGAAUCAACGGCCGCUGAUAAUGACAAAGUGAAGAAAGACCAAGACACCUCAAAAAGCAAUUCAAAAGGAAAUAAUAAGAAAGAGGUGGCAGAACCGGAGAAGCCUGCCAAGGUGCCAGAACAAAAACGCAAGUCUUCCUCAAACAGCAGUUCGUCUUCCUCGUCCAGCUCUUCCACAGAUUCGUCGACAAGUUCGAGUUCAGAAAGCGAUGACGAACCAGAAAAAGCAUCGACAACAACAACAAAAACAGUUCAGCAACCGCGAUCGGAGAGUCCUUUCUCAUCCUUAUCCAGAGAAACGACAAAGCGGAGUAACGUCAAGGACUGGCCCUUUCUUGACAAGGGAUCCAAGCCCGCGGCGUCCUCUUCUUCUUCGGACUCCAGUGAUUCCAGUCGUGCCUCUUCCCCUAAAAGAAAGUCCUCUCCCUCACCCACCCCACCACAACCACAACCUGCGCGCGUCCAAGAAACAACAAAGCCUGGCAGCGCCAAAAGCCCCGACAAGAAAUCUUUACCCGUUAAAAGAGAGGAGCCCAAGAAAUCACAACAACAACCUGCUAAAAGAGAGGAACAGCCGCGUGGUCGCGGUCGAGGACGACCACCACGAGGCCGCGGUACGCGCACAUCCGAUGCUGGUGAUCGGCUCGGAAAUGCUGAUGUCGGGCUUGGAAAUCUGUCUGAUGGCCAACGUGUCGAUGUGGAAAGAGAACACCAACGAGUACCGUCUAGAAAAGGUAAACUCGAUAAGCCCGAAAAAGAGAGCACUGAGUCCAGUAAGCUACUCUCUCCGGUCAGGAAAACGGACAAGAAACUAAAAUCCAAUGCUGCUGUAACAAUACCUGAAAAAGAGAUGUCGGAUAAAAAGGGUAGUAAAGACCGAAAGUCCUCAAUGGAUAGGCUAUUUUCGACGGAUAGAAAAACGGAUAAAUUUGAUUUACAGUCGAAACCAUCUCCAGAAAAACAUUCCAAGUUGGAUAAACAAGCAGACAAGUCCAUUAAAACUCCUGAAACAGACAAAAAUAAAUCUCUUGACAAGGAAAGAAACAAAUCCCUUGAAAAAGAAAGAACCAAAUCUGUUGAAAGAGAAAGAAACAAAUCUCCUGAAAAAGUGAAAAAUGACGUUGAAAAAACCUUACCUUUGGAAAAACCUAUCAAACCAAUCGAAAAAUCAAACACAGAAACAGAAAAAGUAUCUUCUCCCAAGAAAUCUUCGCCAAUUAAAAAGUCACCAGUAAAAUCUAAAUGUAUUGAUGAUAUAUUUGCCAAUAAAGUUCAUAGUAUGGAUAGUAAAGAAAACAAGGUAACUACAAAUCAAAUUAACAAGUCAUCAGAAGACAUCUACAUACUAAACAAAAUAAUCGAAGAUGAUUUGAAGCAGCAAAACUCGAAAGAAAUUCAAAAGUGUACAGUAGACUACCAGAAACAAUCUUAUAAGGAAAAAGAAGAUAUAAAUAAGUUGCCAGAUUUGGUUUUACAAAACCACUUGAACUUAGAUUUUGACAUUGAUAGUUUUGGUGAUAAGGAUGAAGAUAUUAUCAAGGGCUUUUUGCCGUUUCCUGUUAACAUUCCAGUUAUCAAGGGUGACACUAAAGAGGACAGCGCCAGGGAAACACUUAAUUUAGUUGAAAAGCUACGAAUGGGACUAUCAAAAAAGUCGAGCAGCGAUGUGGAGGAACUUCUUCCUUCUGAAAUGGAAAAGGAACAAGAGGGACCUGAGUCUUUGCCACAAAAAUUGUCUGAUAAACAACCUCCAGUUAUGCAUUUGCCCAACAAACCUGAUAGCAACCAAAUUGUUCCACAAAUUUCAGAGAAGAGGUAUGACAACACAUCUGAUUAUCCAUAUUUGGGUAGCUCAGUAAGCUCCGACAAAAAUAUACCUCUUCAACAGACAAGUCAAAGUCUAACUGAACACACAAUACCCAUACAGGGCGACGAAAGAUGGGUACCGCCUAGCGAAUAUCCCAACAUUCAAUCUGCUACCAAUUACCUUAAUGACACCUUACCUCAAAUCGAGCAACAAUUUAAUUUGCACGCUUACCAACCAAACGAACAUCACAAACCGCAACAAGCUCUGGGAGUUUUGCCCGCUCACUUAGACGUAAGACUGCAAGAGGAAUCGCUAAAGAGCCAACAGUCUCCGUCACUUCACGAUCGGAGAGUCACGCAAACGCCGCUUAUAGAUCCGACUUCGAUGGAUUGCAUGCCCAGUCCAUCUCCCUACGGAGAUAUUCAUCCGCAGGCCAAAUGGGCCGACAGUGCUGUCAUUCCGAACCGAAGAUCGUCGUCCAGUUCUGCUGCAUCGACUUCUAGCUUAUGCAAGGGUGAUCAAGAAGAGGACCAAAAGAGCAGGACCGAUUUGCUUAUCAACCAUCCUCCGCAAAUGGACCUUAACAACGUGCAUCCGUACUUGGAAAACUUUCCUGCCUAUUCAGAAAAUUCCCAACAGUUUGUUAGUCCUGUCAGUUUGUUUCCUCCUCCGAAUAUUAAUAAUGCUCAAAUCCCUUUCCCUCCAACAGGCCCUACAAUGUAUCCACCCCAACUGGGAGCCCCUUUUCCUACGCCUCAUCCUAUGCCACCUUUACCAAAACCUGUCGAAGAAAACUUACCACCCUAUUCCUCGACCUGUACCGCUGCCUUUACAUCGUCCGAACAUAAUAUGGCUCUGACGGCGGCAAUGGUCAAUCUACCCACUACAACUGCCAUGUCAAGACCAGAUGUGCCUGUGACUGUGGCCGUACCACAAUCGGAGCCCAUUGUCGCAUUACAACCUUUGCCGCCAACCUUAGAGGUUGCAUCGCCGGCACAGAGCACUCCUACCUCCAAUGCUACGUUACCCUCACCGAGUUCGUCACUUAAGUCCAAUAGUUCUAUCGGUAAAAAAUCGCCCAGCAAACCAACAAGGACAUCCGCCAGGGUCACUUCUCAAGUUAACAAAUCGCCCAGCAAAAGCCCGGGAAAAAGUCCACGCCAAGAAGCUGUGUUCAAGCAAUCUUCUGGCAGAGGCAACAAACGAGGAUCCGCUGCGAGGCAAAAUAGAGGACGUGGCAGAGGAAGAGGAAGAGGUCGACCAUCAUAUCACGAUCAUGAAGGUUCUUCGAUUCAUCAGAAGCUGGUGGGCACGGUUUACGAUUUUGAUUUUGAUGAUGAUGCCUCUAACGACAAUAUGACGGACUUAAAAUCGAUGCGUGAAAGACGAAAGUCGUCGGAUCACGAUCGCAAAUUCGAAUCUCCGUUUGCCGCGCGCCAUUCUCCAAUUAGUCCAUUGCAAUCUAGCAAUAAAAACAGAAGUGUUAACGCAGAUCUGCGUGAUCUGCGCCCUCCUACCCCCAUCGAGGAUCCCAAACCGAAUGCUGUUGCCGCACCCAUGUUGGUGACGCCUGUUUUACCGGGACCGGUUGACAUGAGAACCUACAAUAGCGAUUUCGAUCGCCAGCAAGCCUACAACGACAACUUACUAGGCGCGUUCGCUAACGAUGCCACGGAGGUGCCGGCGCAUGAAGAAAUCGACGAGGAAUUCGAAAAAGAACUGCAUUCGGCUUUGACUGCAAAGAAACCGGAUCCGCCACAGCCCAGCGUUAAAGUGUCAUUGUCUGAUACGCGGAACCAGCUUAAGUUUAAAAUAAAAGGACCAUUCGCCAACAAUUACACAUCCCAUCACUUCACCCCACAACCACCUAUCGUGGAACCUGCGGUGUCUCACGUCACAUCUAAUUCCAUAUCAAACAACGUAAACAUUUCGGCGCCCACCAACCUACCCAGGAUGCGCAAGAAGGAGUUACUGCAACGCUACUGCAACCAAGAUAUGAACAACGACGACCCCAGCAGUUACUCCCAUAUAAGCACUAUUCUCCCCAAUCCAACGCUAAAUAGAACCAUAAUUACCAUUCCUAAGGCAGUGGCUUCCAUGACAAGCAUACCCACUAAAGAGGACUAUCGGGAUUACUACCAGGAAGAAGACUUGAAACACCACAGAAAAGAGUCGAAAUCUCGAACGGGGCUAAGCAGAGAGUUAAAGCAAUUGGACGUGAAAAACCAAUUUUCGUUCGACGACGAUCCAUCUUCGGAGAGACGAAGGAGUAUUGGUUCCGUGGGCUUGUCGGCCAGCUUCGAUUCCGCCUUGACGAACAAGAGAAGAGGCAGACCACCUAGACAGCAGCAGCAGCAGCAACAGCAGCAGGUCACCCCUAAGUUGAAAAUCAAAAUUGGAGGCGGUAAUAACAGUAUUGUGGACGACAAGAAAGAUCGUAUCAGACCUCCCAAGAAACGACACUCGGCCACGGUGGUCACCCCCUCUGUUGAAGAUAUUAUUAGAGAAAAUAGCAUGAAGUUUAGGAAACGAGUCAUGGCCGAUUUAAAAUGCGACAAGAUAAAAAAGAAGAAAAAAGACAGGAGCGAGAAAAAGAAAAAGAAGAAGGCCAAGGGCGAGAUGCAGAUUAUAUCGAACCAGGCGGUAAAUCCCACCAAACUAAUCAUCCGAAUAGGUAAGAAAUCGAAUGAAGGCGCGGGCGGUAGUGGUGGUGAAAGUGAAAAACGGACGAGCGUUUCAAACGAAACGGGCGGUGUUGGUGCGGAUACGAAAGAAAAUAAAAAUGCCGACAAAGUACAAAGUGUAGAAAGGAGUCUGCCGAAGGAAGAACCAGUUUCGGGCGGUUCUUCAUCGACGGCGCCGUCAUUAAAAACAAGCAAAAGCAGUGAACCCUCCGCGUCCGGCAACGCAGGCAUUAGUGACGCCAAGGAUAAACCUCUUCCGAAAGUGACUCCGUUAAAACUGAAACUUUCGCGGUGCCUGGAGGGGUCCGGCUACGUGAUGAAGCCGGCAACUUCGCAGUCCGGUGCAGAGAGGACAGUGGAGCCGGGCCAGCCGCCGCCCCCGAGUAAACCUCCGCCGGUGUCCGACGCCGUAAAGCAGCACCCCGCGCCCGCUCCGUUGCCGCUCAACAAAGACUGUGAAGUUAGAUGAUAAUUAUGUACCAUAAAUCCUCUUGAUCUGUAAUCAGUAACUCGGGUGCAUGAACGCCACCCAAGCUACCACAUGUUAGCUGGCACGUGCCGUAACGUGUCGUAGCAUGUGGUAACCUGUUAAGAAUAAGCAAUACUCGUAGUACAGUCAAUCUGUAGAAAAAAAAGCAGUUUUCUGAAAAAAUUGAACAGUCAUUUUUAUGCACGAAUCGGUUAGGGCUCAUAAGAAAAGCUUAACCCAAACUUUGCGAGAUCCUACCUCCUGCGAAUUAAGGUAAAAACUAUUUUUUUUUGUUUAUUUUUUAAUUUAUUUUUAUCAAAAACGUUACCUUGGUUUUGGAAAAAAUGUAGGGGGCAAUGUUUCUUAAAAUUAAUGUCAUUGAGGUCCAUAACAAAAAAAUCAAAAAGUAGGUAGCGCUUAACUACCCAAAAAAGAGUUAUCGCUUUUUUACCCCGAUUUUUUUUCAACGGAGCACUAAUCAAAAAAGUUGUUUACAUAUAAAAAACUUCAAGAUUAAUAUUAACUUUUUUCUACGAUAGACCGUUUCGAAGAUGAACAAGUUAGCGAAGCACCCAUACCCGAUCGAAUAGCCAUAUAAUGGAUAAUUUGUCAAUUUUGUCGUUUAAUUUUUGUUUGUUUUUUAGUUGCUUUGAUUUAUAUAAAGUUAGCAAAGCACCCCCUUUAAAAGUACUGUAGACAGCAUAUACAAUUUUUUAGCAAAGCUCAUAAUUUGUCGUUAAUUAGUCGCUAAUUAGUUGUGCUAACAUCAAUUUUGUAGUUUACCUAUUUUUUGUUUUAUAUGAAGUUAGCGAAGCAUCCCCCCCUUACAAGUACUGUAGAUGGCAUAUUUAUUAUUAGCACAGCUCAUUACUUCUGCUAAAAUAAUUUUAUGCCGUUUACUUUUUUUGGGUAUUUCUUUUUUUCAUAUGACGCUAGGAAACAGUUCUUUAGACAACGUUUUGAAAUUAUCAGCAAACUAACAAUACACGUUAAUUAGUUGUGCUUAAUCAAUUUUGUCAUUUAAUUUCUAAGAAUGCUUUAGACUACGUAGAAAAAUUACUCCCUUAGCUCAUAUUUUCUCGUAAAUUGGUCGGUAAUUAGUUUAAAAAUAAAUUUGUAGUUAAUUUUUUUGAAGAUCUUUAUUGGCAAACUAAUUUAUUUAAUUAAAAAAACACAAUAAAUUACUAUUAAUAAUUGGCAAUGAUUCAGAUUACUGUAGUUUUGUGAGCGGAAAAAUUAGGAACAACAUUUUUUCUACAAGCAAGUGAAUUUUUUAUACAAGCGUGUGGAAAGUUGCUACUUAUAUUUUUUACUUGAAUUAUGUUUUGAUUUUAAUUAAAAAAUACUAAUUUGAUUUAAUAAACUUAUUUCUGUAUUAACGCAUUUGCGUGCGCAAAGUAAGCGUGCGGAAAGGCACAACUUUACGCACACAAAUGCGUCUAAAUACGUAAUAAUUUGCGCACGUGAGUAUAAAAACUAACAAUUCUACUCGAUUUGGACGCAAUGAGAAUAGUUGAAUCUUUUAAAUGUAAAAAACUUGAAUGGUCGAUACAAAAUUACGAAGCUAAAUGAUAUUUUUUGUACUGUUACUUUUUUGAAGAAAAUGUCAAUUUAAAAAGUUUUGUAUUUUUAAAUAUGAUUUUUUUCUAAUUUAUUUUGUUUCUUUAAAAAAAAUUAAAAAACCCUCAGGAUUUAUUACCUUGAAAUCUUCCUUUAUCUAAAAUACAAUCAAUAAUUUUAUAAUUAUAUCUACUUUGUAGAUUAUGAAACAAUCAGUGUUUUUUAACUUAACUCACAAACUACUCAUUAGAAAAUAAACUUUAGUCUUAAUGAAUCAUUAUGUAAAAAUACAAAGCAACUAAUUAACGACAAAUUAUGAGCUGUGAUAAAAAAAUUAUAUGCCUUCUACAGUACUUUUUAAGGGGUUGCUUCGCUAACUUCAUAUAAAGUUAGCAAAGCACCUAAAACAACAAAAAGGAAAAAACUACUAAAAUGAUUUUAGCACAACUAAUUAACGGCAAAUUAUCCUUCUUAUUCAUAAUUCGAUCGAGUAUGGGUGCUACGCUACAUAUUCAUGGUGGGUGCUCUAGGACGAAAAUUUUAAAAAGUACCCAAAAUAGCAUUUUAUCGCCUUUUGACCCCGAAAUUUUAUUAACGCAGCAAGGACAAAAUUGUUUAACUCGAAAAAACUUACACACUUUUUUCCUACGUUAGACCGUUUAGGAGGUACAUCGUGCGGAAUUUUGAGUAUCGUAUUAAGAUUGAACAAAGCUUAAUUAAUUAAGUAUGCGAUAUAACUACAACUAAAAUACACAAUUUUGUUGGUUCUUGAAAUGUUUACCAUUAAAGUGCUGGGUUAAAAAAAAAUUAUGGGUGGCGCCACCUACUUAUUGAAUUUUUCAGAGCAUCGAUCCAAUGGCAUACAUUGUAGGGCACAAUGCCCACUACACUUUUUGUUUACAAAAAUUUUUUCUAAAACUUGAAAUCCAAAAAUAAAGAGUUUUCAUCGUAAUCCGCAGGGGACGGGAUACCGCAAAGUUGGGGUUAAUCUUUUGUUACGAGCCCGAAACGAAUCAUGCAAAACAAGACUUUGGAAAGCGACAGAUUUGUUUCCAGAUUGAGUGUCCUGUAGAUUUGAUGAAUAUUUGGGUGGUGCAUCUGCAGUGUAAAUAUUUGUAAAUGUAGGUGACAAGCGGGGCAGAAUUGUACAGACGCUAGCCUAGCCUGCUAGAUCACCUGUUUUAUUAUCCACGUUGUUAAGCUGUCUAAUGUAUGUGUAGAAAGGCUAAGCGAGCAGCACAUGUAUGUCGUUAAUUUCAGUGUAUAAAGUCAAUUACAGCCGCAGACGUGUAAUAAUAUUUUUGUACAUAUUGUAAGUUAUGGUAUUUGUGAAUAUAAAUAUAGUACUAAUUUAUAUAUUUCAUUUAAAAUGAUUAACUCGUGUUGACAAUUUUGAUAGCUAGAUUGUUAUAGAAUUUCUCAUCAAUUGUACAGAACAAAUGGCUUGAGUGCAAUUUUAGUGGUUGUUGUUAUGAGAGCCAUUAGAUUUUAUUAUGUACAGUUUUUUAUUUUUUAACUCCUUGUUGUAACGACAGUGUAGUAUAAAUUACUUAAAAGAUUUUAUUAACUAUGUAUAGUUAUAUCAUAAUUUUAUUUUUUUAUAUCUGAUAUCUUUUUAUAAGUGUAUGUGUUGUAUAUUUUUACUUCAAGUAUUAAAGCACAAGCCAUUUGUUGUAUUAUGUUUCAUGAUACAAAUAAUGUAAUAAAUUCGAAAAAGUUGACAGUUUUCUAUUUUCAUUCUCGUAUUUACAUUUAUUAUUUAACACUGUAAAGACGCGCACAACUUCUUUUCCGUUAUUUGUACAUUUUUGUUUAUAAACCAAAUUGUAAAGUUCAGUGUAUAAAGACCUCCUAAGAUGUACACAUAGUAAAUUCAUAAUUAUAUCCAGUUUUAUAAAAAAAAUGUGUUCUAAUUUUCACCCCACACCCAUAUUGAAUUGAUAAUUGUUAAUUUUUUCAAGAAAUGUAUUUUUAAAUUUCUAUACUGAAACAUUGAACUCACAAAAUUGUUCAUUCAUAUUCGUACAAGUUAUAAUUUUAAUUUAUGUUAAAUAAAUUAUUUAUGAUAAUUUUGUUGUUUUUUCAAAAUUAUUAUCCUGAAAUUUUUAGUUACUACAGGAUGUCCCGAAAUUAAUGCAACAAAAUUUAGUCACAGAUUCUUGAGACAAAUUUAGGGGAUACAUAUUUUUUAUUUUUACGGAAUUACAGUCCCCUCAAAGUCGCAU